CUUGAUCAAUAAUCUCCAUUCGUCAAUAUUUUCCAAGAACCCCAACCCUUUUUUGUAACAUAAUUUCUGGUAAAUUCUCAAAAAUUUUUUUGAAAUUUUGAUUUGGUUUAGACAAAUACAACAAUGGGAAAAGGGGCAGCAGGCGACAUUGAAACAGGGCAACUCUACCCAAACAUGAUGGAAAACGCACAAUUUCGAUGGGCAUUCAUUCGUAAGGUAUACGUAAUCAUCGCUAUCCAAAUGAUUCUCACCGCCAUUGUUGCUUCUGUUGUUGUCUUCGUUCGACCUAUUUCGCAUUAUUUGAUUUCUACACCUUCCGGUCUUGCAAUUUACAUCGUCAUCCUGAUUUCUCCCAUUAUAAUAAUGUGCCCGUUGUACGCUUACAUGAAACGCCAUCCGAUCAACUUUAUUCUUCUUGGAUUGUUUACUGUUGCAAUUGCUUUUGGCGUUGGAAUGACCUGCGCUUUCGUUAAAGGCAGAAUAGUACUGGAAGCUUUGGUGUUAACAAGUGUAGUAGUGGUGAGCCUUACUCUUUACACAUUCUGGGCAGCAAAAAGAGGUCAAGAUUUCAGCUUCUUAGGCCCUUUCUUGUUUGCUGGCCUCAUGGUCUUGAUGGUUUUUAUGCUCAUCCAGAUUUUCAUUCCUCUUGGAAAGCUAUCUUUGAUGAUUUAUGGGUGCAUAGCCGCCAUAUUAUUCUCAGCUUACAUAGUGUAUGACACAGCCAACUUGAUCAAGCGUUACAGUUACGAUGAGUACAUUCCAGCUGCAGUUUCUCUUUAUCUUGAUAUUAUUAACCUUUUCGUCGCCCUCAUGGCUAUUUUAGAAGGAUCUGACUAGUCAUACGUAGUACAACUAUACAUUUCCAUGUUUGGUCAGGUUUUAAUAUCCUAUGUUUAUAUUGAAUUUGUUUUUUAUUCUUUAGUAUUUUACUAUAUAUUAGAUAGAGUCACGUGA